UGGUCCAUUCGGAGGGACAUAGAUGUUUCAAUGGCUUCAACAAGGAAAUCGAGAAAUGUGAACAAGCGCUUUGCGAAAGUGAAUGAUGAGUGGCUGGAUAAAGAUGCGACAAUUGCGAACAAAAGUAAGACACGCAAGAGGAAAUUGUCCGACAUGUUAGGCACUCAAUGGAGCAAAGAAGAGCUUGAGCGUUUCUAUGAAGCCUAUCGAAAAUAUGGGAAGGACUGGAGAAAGGUGGCUGGUGCAGUACGUAAUAGAUCGUCAGACAUGGUGGAAGCUCUUUACAAUAUGAAUAGGGCAUACUUAUCCCUUCCAGAAGGAACAGCUACUGCAGCUGGAUUAAUCGCAAUGAUGACUGAUCACUACAAUAUUCUGGAAGGGAGCGACAGUGGUCGUGAAAGCAAUGAUGUGUCUAGAACAUCUCGCAAGACUCAAAAGCGUGGUCGGGGAAAAUUUCGACUCAUGUCAAAAGGUUCCGAUGGUCCCUAUCCUGAUCUACUGCAGUAUCAGUCAGGUCCAACAUCAGGAUGCCUGUCAUUAUUAAAGAAGAAGCGAUCUGGAGAUCUAUUUCCAGGUAGCCGACCUCGUGCGGUUGGGAAAAGGACUCCCCGCAUCCCUGUUUCAAAUAUGUACAGCAGAGACGACAGGGAUAAAAUACUUUCUCCAAAUAAACAAGCAUUGAAAUCUGUUUCAAACACUGCUGAUGAUGAAGGUGCUCAUGUGGCUGCAUUGGCUUUAGCAGAGGCUUCUCAGAGAGGAGGCUCACCGCAGCUUUCUAGAACCCCUGGAAGAAGAGCUGAUCACAGGAGAUCUUCUCCUGCUAAGAGUGGUGAAAAAAAGAACGAGUCGGAGAUGGACAGCUCAAAGUUAGUUGGUGUUCAAAUUGAGGGCGAUUGUCAUGAAGGCAGUUUAGGAAGUAGAGAAGCUGAGAAUGGAGAUUUUGUUAGAGAUGUCACUCGUCUGAUAGAAAAUGACGGGGCUGCAGCAGUUGAAACUAGAAGGAAGGUGAAGAAACUUCAGGAAAAGAGAAAAAAAGCAGCAGCAGACAUGGAAAAUGAUCAACUUGAUGAUGACAGGGAAGCAUGCAGUGGUACUGAAGAAGGCAUCAAUAUUAGAAAAGUUAAAGAUGAAAUUGACGGAGAGACUAUGGAGGGUAAAACUGUAAGAGGAUCCAAGAGUUCAAGGAAAAGAAGCCGCCAGCUAUUUUUUGGAGAUGAAAGCUCCGCCCUUGAUGCUCUACAGACACUUGCAGAUUUGUCUGUAAAUAUCUUGCUGCCUACCUCUACCGUUGAAUCUGAAUCAUCUUUCCAAGUUAAAGAAGAGAAAAGAAACAUCAACACUGCUGAGGAGCCUAAUAUACCUGAAUCAAUGUCAACAACACAUGAGAGAGAUCAGGCCAAAGUUUCAGUGAAAAAGGAGACAGGGUAUUCGACAAGUGUUGGUACUGAUGCUGUUACCAGGAAAAGUGCUAAGCCUGCAAAGUGUUUACGUCAUGAUGUAAAUGCCAUUUCUGAAGUGAAGCAGCAAACUUGUGCAUGCACCAGUAAGAUGCAGAAAAAAAAACGGAAGUCUUCGACUGGAAAAGCUUCAAAAGGUGAAUUUAAUGGUGAUUCUCAGAAAUGUGAACCACAGAAGAUAGAGGUCUCACCAGAAGAAGGGAAGAGAUUGAUUAGUAAAACUAGACGUGUUAGUCAAGUUAGUUCAUCACCAAAGCAAGCAAAAUUGGUUAAACCACAGGAGAACUCUUCUUCAAGUACUGAUCUACUUAGACCAGUCACAGAUUCAAACGAAACAAUUGUACAGGCUUCUAGUACUUGUCCUGUUAGCUUGCUAACCAAAAGUAGAAGCCGCCGCAAGGUAGGUCUACAGAAAGCAUGGAGAUCGAAGGAGUUUAAGUCCAAUGAGAAUACUGUAGGCAAUCGUCCUGAUAAGUACUCACAUCCUAUCAACAGGGUGGUUGAUCUCAAGCAAAAACUUUCUCACAGCUUGUCUUCUCGAAUGUUGCGUAGAUGGUGUAUGUUUGAAUGGUUUUACAGUGCGAUAGAUUAUCCUUGGUUUGCCAAAAGUGAGUUUGUAGAGUACCUAAAUCAUGUGAGAUUGGGCCAUGUGCCAAGGCUAACUCGUAUCGAGUGGGGUGUCAUACGAAGUUCUCUUGGAAAGCCACGUAGGUUGUCAAAACAGUUUUUGCAGGAAGAAAGAGAGAAGCUUGAGCAAUAUCGGGAAUCAGUAAGGAAGCAUUAUGCUGAACUUCGAGCUGGUGUUAGAGAAGGACUCCCAACAGAUCUGGCUCAGCCUUUAUCAGUUGGGCAACGUGUUAUCGCUUGUCAUCCCAAAACAAGAGAAAUUCAUGAUGGAAGUAUUCUGACUGUUGACCGGAACCGGUGCAGAGUUCAAUUUGAUCGGCCUGAAUUAGGGGUCGAGCUUGUGAUGGAUAUCGACUGCAUGCCACUGAACCCAUUGGAAAAUAUUCCUGAAGCUCUUAGAAGACAGAAUAUUGUUGCGAAUAAGUUUUGCACCAGCUUCUCAGAUACAAAGCUAGAUGAUGGAUCCAAGGAGUGGAAGAUUGGAGGCUCCAUGAAGUUUGCUCCAGCUGAGAGUUUGGAAAUUACAAAUGGGUCUUCUAAUAUUGCUUCUUCUAGUUAUCCGAUGCAUACUUUAAUGAAGCAGGCAAAGGGGGACACAAUUGAUGCCAUUGUACAGGCUAAAGCUACUGUAAAUGAAGUUGCAGUUGCUGCACAACAGGCAAUGUACAGUCAGCCUUGUACAUUGUCACAAAUACAAGAAAGAGAAGCUGACAUAAGAGUCCUUGCAGAGUUGUCGCGUGCCCUUGAUAAAAAGGAAGCUUUGCUGAUGGAACUGAGGCACAUGAAUGAAGAAGUUUCUGGAAAGCAAAAGGAUGGUGAUGCCAUUAAAGAUUUGGAGCAUUUUAGAAAGCAAUAUGCUAUGGUGCUUGUGCAGCUAAGAGAUGCCAAUGAUCAGGUUGCUUCGGCCUUGCUCUCUUUGAGGCAGCGCAACACGUACCAUGGGAAUUCAACACAUGCAUGGGUUAGAUCCAUUGAGAAUUCAGGGGGGGCUGCUGGACCUCCAGACUCUUGCAAUCCAUCAGCUUUUCUCAAUCAGGAUUCAGGAUCUCAUGUAGCUGAGAUUGUUGAAAGUUCAAGGCGGAAAGCAAGAACGGUAGUUGAUGCUGCUAUGCAGGCUAUGUGUGCUUUGAAAGAAGGAGAAGAUGCUUUUGUUAAGAUUGGAGAGGCUUUAGAUUCUGCUAACAACCGCAUUUCUGGACCUGUUUCUGGUGUAUUUGGAGUAAGACGCAAUCCUCCAGAUCCAGGACAUGGCAUUUCAGCAUAUCAAGAUCAUACAACAUCAUGCAUGUCUGAGGCAACAGUUCAUGCUAGUCCAAAACCCCAUAUUUCUUCUGAUUCAGAGAUCCAACUUCCAUCAGAUCUGAUUUCAUCAUGUGUCGCUACAUUGCUCAUGAUACAGACCUGCACCGAGAGACAAUACCCACCUGCCGAGAUUGCACAGAUUCUUGAUUCUGCAGUCACAAGUCUUCAGCCAUGUUGUCCACAGAACCUUCCAAUUUACAGGGAGAUAGAGACAUGUAUGGGCAUAAUUAAGAACCAAAUGUUGGCACUGAUACCAACUCCAAGCAUCAUACCUCCUGUAGAGGUACCCGUUGCGCAAAAAUGAAUCCGAAGCGUGUUUUGUUUCUCUUGUCAGGUUCAUUUUUCCCGUCUUGUUUGUAUCGUGAUGAAAUGAUGAUAUGCUCUUUGUAUCAGGAGAUAAAGUGAUAUUCCAUUAAGGCAUGUACAUAAAUACAACUGUUGGUUAUUUCUUCUGUCCAGCUUUUUAUGCUCAACUUAUGACAUAAGGUUCUUUUUUUCC